GUCGUGGCAGGAGAGUUUUAGAUCGUGGCAUUAUCUCCAACCGUACCAAAAAGUUAGGGGAGAAUAGCCUAUUGCAAGCUUCUCUCAAGUCUUAACUACGCUUUUCUGAGCAUUCGUAAAUCGACCAUGGCUGCUUCUCUGCAACUCAAUUUGAGACCAUUCAGACUCCAACAGUUCCGCUCCAAUUCUGUACCCAGACAAGCCCCCAAAUUCGCCACAAUCUGCUGCUCCGCCAACACACCUAAAAGGCGCUACACCAUCACCCUGCUCCCCGGCGAUGGAAUCGGCCCCGAAGUCAUCUCUGUCGCCAAGAACGUCCUCAAUCUCACUGGCUCUCUCGAAGGUAUUGAAUUUGGGUUCAAGGAGAUGCCUAUGGGUGGGGCCGCCUUGGAUUUGACUGGAGUUCCAUUGCCGGAGGAGACCCUUUCGACUGCAAGGCAAUCCGAUGCUGUUCUUCUCGGUGCAAUUGGAGGGUAUAAAUGGGAUAAGAACGAAAAGCAUUUGAAACCUGAGACUGGAUUACUUCAGUUGCGGGAAGGUCUCAAGGUCUUCGCUAAUUUGAGGCCAGCUUCUGUUUUACCACAGUUGGUGGAUGCUUCAACUUUAAAGAAGGAAGUUGCUGAAGGUGUUGACCUCAUGGUUGUAAGGGAGCUUACGGGAGGUAUCUAUUUUGGAAAGCCAAGGGGUUUUGGCAUGAAUGAAAAUGGUGAGGAGAUUGGUUUCAACACUGAGAUCUAUGCAACCUAUGAGAUUGAUCGUAUUGCUCGCGUUGCAUUUGAGACUGCUCAGAAGAGGCGCGGGAAACUCUGUUCUGUUGAUAAAGCAAAUGUCUUGGAGGCGUCAAUGUUUUGGAGGAAAAGAGUAAUGGCAAUUGCCUUGGAGUACCCUGAUGUUGAACUCACCCACAUGUAUGUUGACAAUGCUGCAAUGCAGCUUGUUCGUAAUCCAAAGCAGUUUGACACAAUCGUGACAAAUAAUAUUUUUGGUGAUAUUUUGUCGGAUGAGGCUUCUAUGAUCACAGGAAGUAUUGGGAUGCUUCCGUCUGCUAGUCUUGGUGAAGCGGGACCUGGACUAUUCGAACCCAUACAUGGGUCUGCUCCUGACAUCGCUGGACGGGAUAAAGCAAACCCUCUAGCAACCAUUCUCAGUGCUGCUAUGCUUUUGAAGUAUGGCUUGGGGGAGGAGGAGGCUGCUCUGAGAAUUGAGACUGCGGUGUUGGAUACUUUGAGUAGGGGGUUCCGGACGGGUGAUAUAUACUCGGGAGAAAAUAAACUGGUUGGAUGCAAGGAGAUGGGCGAUGAGGUGCUGAAGUCCAUAGAAACUGAAGUUCCCGCCACAGUAUAAAUUGGAACAAGAUGAACCCUAAAAAAGGCGCUCAUUCACAUCCAACAAUAGCUCGUGUACUCCUAUGAGGAUUUUGAGAAGGCGGAACUUGUGGUCAAAUUGAAGUACAUUGUGCUAAAUAUUUAUCCAGGGAUGUUAGAUACCCGAAAAUUCCUUGCCUUUUGCUUCCCUGAACCGCUAACCUUGCAAUUGUCUGCAGCACUUGGGAGUUUCUGUAGUUUUAUUUAAGAAUUUUUCCGGAAGGACUGUUGUAACAAUGACAUUGUGAUGCUAUCAUAGUUCAGAUCUAUUGGGAAUUUGCUUAUUUCGGCA